AUGACUGGAGGGAAAAACAGUGUAAGGAUUGUUCCACAGCCGAAGAUCAGGAACAAGGAUGCAGUUGACGAAGACUUGGUUGGUGGCGGUUUGUACUCCAUGUCUGAUAAUGAUAUCAGUGAGAUCUCAAUAACGUUGAAGAAGUUGCAUGAUGUGAACAAGAGUAUACGAGAACGGGUAGAUGCCGUUGAUGAUCAGGUAAGACAGACGCAGAUGGAAUUGGAGAAUCUAGUGUCGAGAAGUUCGAACAAUAACAAGCAUUUACAGAGCCUCUUGCUCUCAUCCCAAGAUGUCAAGGAAUUGCAUCAACUUUUGGAGAAGCUCAGUGUUCAGCAACAAGAACAGAUGGAUAAAAAUCGCGAUGUGGAGUCUGUGUUGUCAAGAAUAAUAGCAGAGCAAUCGGUGGAGCUAAAAGAAUCCAUGCAAUCUGGAAGAAUCAAGGAAUUGGAGCAGAAAAUUGAUGAAUUAGAAUCCAAAUACGGACAUUUGGAGUCUCUUGAUGCUCGAGUAAUAGAGAAAGAGAAACAGCUGACAGAAUUGGAAGUUAAACUUCAACACAGGCAAUUGAAGUUCGAAGAACUACGGAGCCGAGCAAAAGAAAUGCAAUCCCAGUUACAAGAGGAUCUACUUACGCGUUAUAAAGCUGUUCAGGACUCUGUAACGCUCUCUAUGACCAACUUUGCAAAUACGUCGUCCAUUCCAUCUAAUAGCACAUCGCGAACUGCAAGUCUGCUUCGAAACAAAUACAUGAAUGAGAAAUUCAACGAUAAAAGCAGAAGGGUAAUAUCAUUAAAUGAACCGAGGCCUGUAUCUGCUUUCGAAAGCAUCCCAAAUAAUAACUCUGAUUUCGAAGAGUAG